CCCAAGGCAGCUCUCUGGGGUUCAGGCAGCCUGGGGAGGGCGGGCUCGACCCUCAUCCUGUGGGCCGGCAGCCGGAGGGAAGGGCCUGGAACACCUGAAGCUUGGGCACCACCGCCUCUCGGUGACUCUGCCCGCCCCGCCCCUGGGAACCCAGGCUCGGAGCCUCUGACCCCCUGGGACGCAGGGAGGCCUCGCCAGGUCCUGGGACAGCCCUCCGUGUGCUGCCCACGCCCACGCUUGGGGUCAAGCACUGAGCACUGGACGGAUGCCUCCUGGACACUCCCAGUGGCUCCAAGCCCCAGAGUCCCAGCUGCUGGGACUCAGCACAUUCCGUCCAGGGGUCAGAGCAGGCAGGGAGGGGCCCCCCUCGGUCCUCUGGCCUGGCCUCCAUGGGGCUCCAGUGGGGACACUUCUGAGCAGGACAGUGUGCUGGGCAGUGGGGACCUGGCUCGCCAAGAAUGCCUGGCCCACCUCCAGGUGACGAGGACCGGGGAGGGGGGCUGAAGAAGGCCCCGUCCCCCAGACGGAGAGAGGGCAGUGGGCUCACAGGGAGCACCCCACUCCACAACCUCUCUGCCGGGCCCUCCCCCGUCGCUCCACCCACAAACCCCCAGACCAACUCUCUUCGGCAGCCCCUCCCCUCCAGGCCACCUCCUGCGCUCACACACACACACACACACACACACACACACACACCCGGGGCCAGGGAGGGGGCCUGGCAGCAGGAGCCACUAUGUCCACCUUGUCGUCGGCAGCUCUCGGAGUUCCCUGGCACCCGCUGGCCUAGCUGCUGCCCUCCAAUGCCCGGGCUCCGGGGCAGCCACCGGGCACAGCCUUGACUCUGCCGCUGGCCUGCGAGCCUCCCCUCCUCGCUGGCCCUAACCACAGGAAUGGUGCUCCGUGGGGGCGACGGGAGGACCCCCCCACCGACUCAGGAAGGGGUCAGAGCAAAAGCUUCUUUUAAGAUUUUAUUUGAGGGAGAGAGAGCACAAGUGGGGAGGGGGGCAGAGGGAGAAGCGGACUCCCCACUGAGCAGGGGGCUGGACCCCAGGACCAUGACCUGAGCUGAAGGUGGCGGCGGGGCUCGGCUUCACUGACGGAGCCCCCGGCGCCCCAGAGGACAGUGCUGCUGUGGCACCCACUAGCCCAGGACGUCGGGGAAGGUGCGUGCAGGGCCCAGGAGCCUACUUGGGGCUUGGCUUGCGGAACACCUCGGCCGGUCGCCCAGUCGGGGCCGCCCCCCCCCAUACCCCGGCGGCGCCCGCCCCGCCCCGCCCCCGCCCCGGCCCCGCGGGCGGAGCGUCACAGAGGCCGCGGUCGCCAUGGCAACGCGCAGGACGCGGCGCGGGCGCGGAGCAGGUCCCGGGCGGCUCUCGCUCCCGGAUGCAGGACAAUGAACUUGCAGGUGACAGGCCUGGGCCUGGACAAGAUGAAGCUGGACAGUCCUCAGUCCUUCCUGGACCAGGAGGAGGCGGAGGAGGCGGAGGAGCAGCAGCUGCUGGCGCCGGCGGCCUGGCGGACCUACAUGGAGCACCGCGCGGCGCUGCGCGAGUUCCUGACGGCGGAGCUGAGCCCGCAGCUGCUCAAGCGCCACCACGCCCGCAUGGAGCUGCUCGGGAAGUGUUCCUACUACAUCGAGAUCCUGCCCAAGCACCUGGCCCUGGGUGACCAGAACCCCCUGGUGCUGCCCAGCACCAUGUUCCAGCUCAUCGACCCCUGGAAGUUCCAGCGCAUGAAGAAGGUGGGCACCGCCCAGACCAAGAUCCAGCUCCUGCUGCUCGGGGACCUGCUGGAGCAGCUGGACCGCGGCCGCGCCGAGCUCGACGCUCUGCUGGAGUCGCCUGACCCGCGGCCCUUUGUGGCCGGCUGGGGCCUGGUGGAGCAGCGGCUGGCCGACCUGUCGGCGGUCAUGGACAGCUUCCUGGCCCUGAUGGUGCCCGGGCGUCUGCACAUCAAGCACCGCCUGGUGUCUGACAUCGGCGCCACCAAGAUCCCGCACAUCAGGCUCAUGCUGAGCACCAAGAUGCCCGUCGUGUUCGAUCGAAAGGAGUCGGUGGCCCACCAGGACUGGGUCAGCCUGCGCUGGUUCGUCACCAUCCAGCCAGCGGCACCAGAGCAGUUUGAGCUUCGCUUCAAGCUGCUGGACCCACGGACACAGCAGGAGUGCACGCAGCGCGGCAUCAUCCCCGUGGCCGCCUGCACCUUCGACAUCCACAACCUGCUGCCCAACCGCUCCUACAAGUUCACCGUCAAGAGAGCAGAGAGCUACACACUGGUGUACGAGCCCUGGCGGGACAGCCUCACCCUGCACACCAGGCCGGGGCCCCCCGAAGGGCGCGCCCCCAGUCGGCUAGGCAAGCCGGGCCUGCCCCUGCCCGCACUUUCUGAGAGAUGAUUUUCUGAUAUUUAUCCACUAAUAAAGACUAUAAACACACACACACAAUUAAAGAAACAAACCUACUUACGUUUUAAAGGCA